GUUGAAAAGCUUCUUUUUUGCCUACUUCUCCCGGUGGAUAAUACUCACGGUUCUCAUUGUAUCAGCAAUACUUCUUUUGGCUUUGCGGGUGAUGAACUGGAAGUUUCCUCUGGUUACGACGUCAAUUCUCUGGGUAUUGGCCUUUUCUCACCGGGUGGACAGUCUUCGCUUCACUUAUCCAAUCAAGUAGAGCAAAGUCAAGCCUACACGUGGAUUAUGUCUCAUCUAGAAGAAGAUCCAUCAACUUGUUUAAGAAAAGAUGAAGUAUACGAUGACUACAGAGCAUAUUGUGAGAAGCACCACAUGAAAACUCUAAAUACGGCAGAUUUUGGAAAGGUCAUGAAACGUGCAUUUCCAAAUGUAAAACCACGACGUUUGGGUCAACGAGGACAGUCUCGAUACUGCUAUGGUGGAAUGCGUAAAAAGACAGAAAUUCAACCACCCUACUUACCUGAUCUCACCAAUGAAGCUCUUGGUAUUAAUUCUCAAAAUAUAUCUGGAAGGUCUGUUGGUUCACCUGGAAGUAGUUCUGGUGGAAGCUUCGAAGCUGGGUCUCAAAGGCAUAUGUCAUCAAAUAGUCCACUAAUUCGUCUUUUAAAAUCCAAUGGAUCUGAUGCUGAUAUUAGCAGUUGGGCUGAUGAUCCAUCUGUGCGAACUGUUUUAGGAAUUCGUGGUUCCGUCGUCGCAGACGUGGCUCAUAUUCUCCUGGAAUAUGGUCACCAAGUUUUUGGCAUACAAUUCAAGUCACUAUUUCAGCUCGCCCAACAUCUUGUUGCUAACCGUUAUGUUAAUUCUAGGUCCAAACAUGCGUUUGCUUUGAUCGCUCAUGCUGCUAAUCCUCCGAGCUCCUUUUCACCACCACCCUCUACAGCCCUUGCUGAAAUGCUCCAAAAAGGCUCUGUUAAAUCAGCAUUCGGUAAAAUACAAAACAAACGUCAGAAUUCGUCUACAAGUGAUUUAUCAUCCUGUAAAUCGGAAUGUACUAAAAAUGAAAGUCAAUUGUUAGGUUUUCAUCCACCUUCAACAAACAAUGUUGACUCUCCAGUUACCAAUGUUUCUCGGUCAACUGUACCAGAUAAUAGACAUUUAAAUCUUCCAAUUCCUAACCUCAAUCAUAAUUUAAAUAAUCAUGGAUUACCAUCCGUCCCAUCUCUCAUUGGUUCUGGCGAUAACCCUGCUAUGCAAAUGCCUCAUUGCAGUACUCCUCAACGUGGUAACUGUUACAAGCCCUAUGAACUACAAACUUCUUUGCCACAAACUAGUGGGGUUGGUGCAUAUACAGCUGCUGUCCUGGCAUCUCCGUCUGCAUUACAGUCUUCCCAUCAACAAUUGUCUAAUAACCCAUUCAGCUUUACUCAGAACUUCCGAAAUAACUCGAUCAAUCAUCCAUAUUCCCAUAGUGGUACACCUGGGUUAACACAUCCAUCUACAGCAAUGGCAUUGGCUGCGGCAGCUGCUGUUGCAGCACAUCAAAAACAACAGUCUGGUGUGUCAAACUUUCCUUCAUGUGUUUUGGGGUCUAAUUUCCCUUCAGCACUUGGUCCAAUUCCCGGUCCUAUAUCGCCAUCCGUUGACUCACGACAUAUUACUGCAAACACUAAUACAUCUACCCCUCCUAUUGCCCACACCGAAAAACAUACUAGCAUUUUGGAACCAUCCACACCAAAGUCUCAAUGUGAUUCCGCGUAUACAAACUUGGGUGGUUAUCAUUCUCCGAUAACAAAUAGCUCAAUGUAUCCAGCCCAUCAAAUUACAUCUCCAUACCCCAGAUCCCAGCAACCGCCUGCCCCACUCCCUCCUGGUGUAGGUGCACGCAGCCCAUAUGCCCAAGUGUCGCAUCUAUCUGCAGCGAGUACGGACUGUAGUCAAGUAGGGUUUAAGCGAACUGUCCUACCACAUCCUGGAGAAGCCCCAGGUGCAUAUGAACCAUCGCCACGAUUUCACCUAGGCGGUCAAAGUCCCAAUAAACGUGCUCGUUAUUUAUCUACAGCCUCUGGUUCGAGUUCUAAUUCGUUAUCAACAGAUGGUCCACCACUCAGUGGUGGUAGUUUUCCAGAAGGUAAUGAACGGUAUUCUGAACAAGUAGCACCAGUCAUUACUCAUAACGCCUUAGCUGUUCCUUCACCUGCAAGCAGUGGAAGCAGUUCAUCUAAUCCCCCUCAAAUUCCAACCAACCCUACAGGAUAUUCUGGAUCAUGUGGUACUUCCCGGCAGUACAGCGUAAACACUCUUGAUCAAUCACCAUCUAUGCCUUCUCCUUAUUAUCCUGGUCGGUAUGAAGGACUUGAGAUGCAUAGCCCUGCACCACCAUCACAUGGACUUCUAAGACCUCAUCAUGUACAAAACAAUACCGGGUCGUCGAAUUCGUCUUGGAAUAUUCCCGGUCCAUUAUCAUCUAAGACUAAUCUGUUUGAUCAGCAGCCAUCUGAUUAUGUAAUAAAUUCUAGAAGUCAAAGUUAUAACCCCAAUCUUUCUGUUUCUACCUCUGAACGUACAAAUGUUGCUACAGUGUUUCGUCCCCCAAUUACCCCGUUUACUCUGGAGCUGGAAAGUGAAGAUGAUGGAGACAACUUGCCUAGGUUAGGCACUUCUCCAGGACCACAAAUACCUCCUAGUUCACCCACAGAGUUCUUACCAUUUUACUCUGAAGCUGCUAAUAAAUCUGCUCAAGCUCAACUACGACAGAAACAUUUUACUGAACUUACUCCAAGGAUUCAUAAUACACCAGAUAGUGACGAUCGUGGAACAAAUUCUGAUAAUAGUUCUCCGUGUAUGACGCUUGUAAAUCGAGAGCGAUCGGAUAUUCGAAAUAAUUGUCAUAUUAAAUCUAACGAAUUUGUAACUACUACUCCAAUGACCAACCCUGUUUCACAUUCUGAUGAAGUUUUGUCCCCAUGUUCAUCAGAUUCAAACGAUCGUACUUUAACCAUUCUUGACAAUUUAGGCGAAGUAAAUACUCCGCCAAUGCCAGAUGGUUUGGCUAAUGCACCAUCUCCAAGCGAAGUAAUAAAAACUAGUUCCAUGGUGCGAAAACGUAAGUUAUUGUGAAUUUUUUAGUGAUAAUGAUAUUUCGUUUGUUUUUUAAAUGUUUCAAUAAAUAACAUUCAAGUGUUUUAUAUGGUACCAUACAUAACAUUUAGUUUACUCUUAUUCAUGGGUUUAGCUUAUUCUCCUUAUUUGUUCUUUCAUGCUAUUCCAAGUCGGUGAAUUUCACACAUGACGUUAUUAGAAAUAAAACAAAUUUUACUGCAUUUUUAGCAGUUUGUUAUGUCAAUUCAAUUUUCUUGUAACUUAUCUUCACGUCGUACUGCUGUCGUCAGUAAGAGUAAUAACCAAAUUUAGGCUUCGGCGAGGAAAAUAAUGCAGAUCAUUGAUCAUACUUAAUAUUAUAAGUCCUUAGUUUAUUCUCGUUUCUUGCAAUGGUGAUCAGUGGUAUUAAAUAAGAAUGCUUCAUUGUUGCUUACAUACUUGUUAACGUGUAUGCAUGAUAAUAGCUAUCUAUACUUGUGUACGUAAGUAUUAUAUAUCUAGUUACUUAUCCUCAUCUAGUUAGGAUGAUUGUCAUGUCCAGAAUUAUCACUCUUGAGACAACAUCAUGAUAGUUUUAAUAAGAGAACUUGACUUAAGUUUUGUUGUGUGUUAUAUAUUCCGAAAUUCCAUGUCCAGUUUUUUUGAGGUGUUCAAAUCUCAAUAAGUUAGCUUGACAUUCUUAGACUAAACAAAUUCUUGAUGUUGAUUUUACUAUUGUAAGCAACUGAUAAAGAAGCCAGUCAAAGCUGUAAUAUCCGUUCAACAGGAAAUGUGAGUCCAAAGUUAUGGUAAAAAUGAUUAAUUUAUGAAUUAUUUAUGUUUAUACUUACUGAUUCAAUCUCAUCCGUACCGUGUAGGUGAAGAAUUACAACAUGAAUUGAGCACUCCUGGUCCAGCUGAUGGAAGUAGAUCCCCUUCUUGUCCCAGUAACGUAAGUUCUCUUGGCUUUGUUUAACUAUAUCAUUUUCUAAUCUCCAUAUUUUACCUGUUCUGUGCUAUAAUACUACCCAUAUAAUGCUCUGUGAUUUCUUCUAAGAUUUUUGAAUAGUUUAGCGCUUCCUCAUUCCUGUUUUUUUUAGUUGUUUCGUAUAAAAACUAAAUGUACUUGCUUUUCUUGUCAACAUGCUAAGAAUAAAUCACAUUUUUCGUCUAUAUGCAUCAUUUAGGUCAUAAAUGUGAAAUUUAUUUUUAAAAAAAUCAUUGUCUCCAUCCCGUUUUCUUUUUAUUUAUUUCUUAUCUUAUUAGUUUUCACACUUCUGUUCGUAUGAAUCCGAUUUUUGACAGUGUCAACCUACAUCUCAUUGAUAGAAUGUGUUGAGUUUAUCUAACUCUGUGUACGGUUUAGAAUAUCCUUCCAUACCCUUAGUGAGCAUAAUACUUCGAAAUUCAAUAGUAUGUUGUUAAGUUCCUACAAUUUUGCAAUAACUAAAUAAUUUCUUGAAUUCUAGUGUCAGUCAGUUCGUGACCCUGUGUCUACGCUUUUUGAUGAUUAGCUAUCAUUAGCAUAGCAUACCUGCGAUCUCGAGUGAACUGAUUCUCGUGGGAUCCAUAUUCAAGUCAGUUUCAGGCAUCACCACUGGCCGAUGAGGACUGCAAUUGACUCUUUCCACGGUUGAAAUAUUUACAUUGACAACCAACUGGUAUCCAGUGCCAUCCUAGUUAAGACCUUUGUGCUAACAGUAUUCCAUCCAUCAAGUUUCAUCCUAAUUUUAUUUUUAAAAAACUUGAUUGUGACGGUUAACGUAGAUAAUCAACAGAGAACCUGACACAGAUUCGUCUCAGCUCGAGUUACCAUACACGAUGACGAGACAAGAAUAACAAAACAGAUCAAAAUAAUGUAGUAACAGUGAUAUAAAAGAAGACUGGAUCUUUGAAAUAUGGUUUAAAAAGACAGAGUGGAAAGAUAUAUGUGGGGAAAUAUGGCGACUCAAGUUUUACAAGGAUAUAAACCAUGAGUGAACCUGUGCUAUUGUGACUGAUUCCUAAAAAUCACCUCGUCUCCAACCACUGGUCACGAUUAUAAUGUGGACCACAACUAAAUAAUCUGCAUCUACCAAAUCACUCAGACUUACAGUUAAUGACUUCAUGGAGUGAUCCUGCAUCUUAGUUCGGUCGUUCCUAGAUUUCUUCUUACUUCCGCACUAGAAAGCGCCUCAUAUAGGUAGGUGUCGACAUUCAUACGUAACGAGUUCUGACCACGUCAGUCGUUUGUGAUUUAACAUAUCACGACUUCAACAUUGCUCAUUCAUUCCAUGAAAGAUAAUCAAUGUUCCAGGAUCCUUCAUAGAGUAUGUUUUGCAUCGGCAAAGUAAAAAAGGGCGAACUCCUGAAGUUUUUUUGUGGUUGUAUUGGUGCUUUCUAGGAAAAACGUUUGAUAACUAAACAAUAGAUCAGACUCUUGUUUUCUCUUUGGCAGCUAAGCUCUAUAUUUGUAUGAAACUCGCCAAUAUUUUCUGUCUUUUUCAGUCAGCCUCAGUUCAGUGUUCAAGUUCAGCAGAUGUGAGUAUCACAGCGUUUUGAAUUUUGUGUGUUCGUUUCACAAAGAAUAUAUCGUCCCGCAUUUACUUAUUUUCAAUUCCGUGUGUUAUUGUUGAGAAAAUAUUCCAUGGAUGAACACGCUUAGUUCAUUUUUUUAAAUUCAGCCAUCGUUCAUCUCGUGAUAAUUCUGGACAGUAGAUAACUACACAAAACGACACAAUCUCUAGAUUCUUUUUUUGAUUUAGCAAACGCUAUUCUACCUCCAAAAGGUUUUAAUAGGCAUUACUUUAUUUUUCAAACUUGAGAAUUCGUACAGCUUUUCACAUUUCACCUUAUUUUUUUAAAUACGAUUUUGAUAUGUACAUUUUUAUAUGACGGUUGUUUUUCUGUAUCUGUUCGUGUUUGGUGCAUUCCUCUUUUAUAAACUAUUUUUUCACUUGGUUUAAUCAAAACAACCAAAGAGUCUUUUACACUGAUAUCCGAUCAGUUAUAUAAUUUAAUCAGAUUCUCAGCUUCCUCUGUUACAUACUUUGGAUAGUUUUCCUACAAUCCAUUAGAUAAAUGACAGUGAAGUUGUGGUUAUAAGUUUUCCCAUUUUUACUGUUUAUGCAUAUACCAAAGUUUUGUAGUUUCAUAUUUGACCAACUGAAAAGCCUGUAAAGUUUUUUCUCCAUUUAUUGGCUGAAAUACCAUUCAUCUUUUUGAGUGUGAAAUUAAAUGCAUUUUAUUAAGUCA